UUUUAACGCGGUACCAGCAGUUUACCGGCGUCAAGUCGACCCGACGGACGCGCACCAAAAUCAUUUAAGCUCUCAACAAGCCAAAGGACACGUGCACCUUCUCGUGGUUACUUUUGUACGGCAUUUAAUAAAACGUUUCUCCACUGAAAAAAAAAAAAAAAAAAAAGAAUUAAUAAGAAUUUAUUCAUGUUUAUUUAAUUUUUUUGUUUUGUUUUUAUCUGUUGUAUUUUAUUUGAUGGUGACAGUGGGAUCCUUUAUUAAUUUUAAUUUAAAAAUUAAAUUAGUUUUGUUGAAGGCGAAUCUAAGAUGAAAAGAUUGAAAGAAAAACUAAAAAUAGAAGUAAUCAUUUAUUUUGUUUAAAAUGACAAAGAGUAUGACUUUUAAAAAAAAGCCACGUGAUCGGCUUAUAGUUUUUUUUGAUGGAUGAAAAGAUUUUUCAAGAUUAAAUGUUGAAUUUACGUCGUUAGUGUGAAGUGGUGAGAGUUUGUCCAAAGUUGUAAUUCUAUUUAUUUUUUUUAAUUCUUUUUUUUUUUAAUAUUUUUUUAUUUUUCAUUUUUAUUUGGAAGGACGCUGUCAUUUUUAUUGCCGUUCGCUUGCUCAGUGUUUUCAAUUCUCGCGACUCUGGUGCUUGGCAAAUUGACAUUGGGAAUUUGCCGAAGAUCAGCGGUAAGCCGAGAUUAUUAUUAAUAUCUGACGAAAUUUCUCGUCAUAAGUUUUCCCGGGAGGGAUUAUCUAUGACGUUUAAUGAUAUACCGUCUGGAAUCGGGAUAAGGGUUUUAUUGGUUGAUCAUUAAUGUGUUUUAUAUUACUUUGUAAUACGGAGGAUUUAAUUAAUCUGCCUGAGGGAAAGUAUGACUUCAAAGUGGCUACGAAAUAGUUCAAAUGUAGACCAUUUCCUGCAAAUUUUCACUAUUGAUUUGGUACGAAAUGGUGAACAUGGAUGUUUUAUUUCAAAUUAAAAUCUUAUCUAUAAGAAGCGUCCAUGAUCGUUGCAACAUGAUCCAUCGUGGUAGAGUCCUCUGGGCAUUGCUGAUUGCAUUAUUUAUAUAUCCAAAUGAUAAUUUAGGUGGAGCCUUUCAACCUGAAUUUGUGGCCCCGAUUGCCAAUCUAACGGUGCCUCUUGGACGAGAUGCUCUCUUCACAUGUCUAGUGGAGCAUCUGGGUGGUUAUCGGGUCGGAUGGGUGAAAGCAGACACAAAGGCGAUCCAAGCGAUUCACGAACACGUGAUAACCCACAACCCGCGAGUCCAGGUCUCGCAUAACGACCACUCAACCUGGAAUCUCCACAUCCGCGGUGUCCAGCUUGAGGACGCGGGUCUCUACAUGUGCCAAAUAAACACCGACCCGAUGAAGUCCCAGGUGAAGCUGACGUGCCGAGCAAAAGGCGUGCCUCUACCUCGCGUCAAUUGGAAACGUGAGGAUGCCAAGAAUAUUGUUAUUCGUGAGCCAGUGGUUGCUUCCAAUGGUCAAAAGUCCAAAGUCUCAUCAGUGAGUGAGUACCAUGGUGAGGAAUUACGACUCACAAAGAUAUCACGGCAUGAUAUGGGUGCAUAUCUGUGCAUUGCGAGUAACGGAGUGCCACCGGCCAUCAGCAAGCGCAUCACGAUCAACGUUCAUUUUCCACCGACAAUUCAUGUACCUAAUCAAUUAGUGGGAGCACCACUGGGUACUGAUGUAGCGUUGGAAUGUUUUGUUGAAGCUUCCCCUAAGUCUAUUAAUUAUUGGAUGAAGGACGAUAACGACAUGAUAAUAUCUGGAGUACGACACGAGGUCCAAGUCAUACCCAAAUCAGCAUUUCAAGUUAAAAUGGUACUUACUAUUCGGAAUCUCCAGAAACAGGAUUUUGGAUCGUACACGUGUGCUGCGAAAAAUUCACGUGGUGAUGUUGAUUUUAGUAUCCGUCUUUAUGAGAUAUCGGGGCCAUCGAGACCGGGAAACUCUGCUCCGACGUACUACGAUGAAGAAGAAAACAUAGAAGAAAUAGUGUACGGAUCGGCGGACCUCGAGAAGAUGGAAAAUAAAGCGUACGCCGUGGACAACACGGUGCAAGGUCAUAUGGGAAAUUUCUUUGGAGCUUCGAGCCCUUCCCCACCGACAAAAGUGAUCCGAAGAAGGCCGAUUUCCGGUAUUGGUUCAUCUCCAGGAAAUCGUGUUUCGGCCUCUCCUCACCCUUAUUUCCACAAACUGAUACACGUCUGGCUGGUGAUUUCGUUAAUCAUAAAAUGCUUCCUAUGAGUAAUUAUUGCUCUACUCAUAAAAUUAAAAAAAAAUUAAUCAAUUAAUUAAAUGAAAAAGAGCCUUGCGGGCCUGUACUCGUCUACUUAUCACAAAAAAUGUAUAAGCUUAAAAAUAUUAUACAUAACAUAAAUAAAUGAAGUAUAACAGCGUCGUUGCUAUAUUGUGGAGGUCUAGACUCUAGACAGAAACGGACAUAUCGUUAUAGUGAAAUUGUUUUUUCCGGCUAAAAAAUAAUAUUUAAUAUAUGUUAUUGUCUUGGAGAGACACUUUAAAUUGUGCAGCUUGUAUGAAAAUAUACAUAUAAAUAUAAAUAUGAAUAUAAAUAUAUAAAUACAUAUAUAGAUGUAAAAAACAUAUAUUUUUUUUUUAACAAAGCUGACACAAAAAGAGUCGACUCGCUUUACGCUGGAAACAGAUGGCUAUGUCUUCCAGCCUAGUGUGUAAAAUUAUUAAAUAUUGUUACUGUAUUUUUUCGAUCGUUUCGAGUAUGAAAAAGUCUAUACAAUACUGAUCAUAUAAAUUAAUGAUAUAAUUUGCUAACACAGUGAAAUUGAUUUAAAAAACAAUUAUUUACAACACCUGCAUUCAAACUUGGAGGUUCAAUGUCUGUUCAAUCGAUCGAAACACUAGCAGAAAAUUUCAUACGGAUUCGUGGUCUCAUACGGAAACCAAGUAGUUUAGGAUCUAUAGAAGCACUAGGAAAGAAAUUGGAUUGUUUUUGCAAACUUCGACAGUUUAUAACUUUAUUUCAGAUAGUCAGAAUCGCGUUUGUUUGUUGUAAACUUUGAUAAAUU